UCUUUGUUGUUCGUCCAAUCGGAAUCUGCCUUCGUCGUGACGAUCGAGGUGUGCACGGAAAGAUUCGGACUCGAUGUUGAUCUCGGCGAAGCCCUCGUCGAUUCCGUCGUCCUGCCCCCUGGUGCCGCGCAGUGGCGGACGGACGCUGAGGUUUUGGAUCAAAGGGAACGAGUUCGCGGAGAAAUUUCGCUCCUUUUCCGUCCAUCCGUUCAUUCUGCGCUGCGAUUUCGCUCGGAUCAAAUCUAGUUCUGUACAUGAUUUGCAGAGGUGUAAAAGCAAUCUUGAAUCCUUGUUCUGUUAUGACAAGUCCUUUACCGAAGAGGAUAUUGAGCAGCCUGUUGGUUUGUCUGUGGAGAAAAAGGAAAUAGGGAAUAACCCACCUUGCACUAUAUGUGAAGUAAAAGGUGUUGUGCUAUGUGCUACAUGUGCAGGCUCAGGUUUAUAUGUUGAUUCGAUACUGGAGAGCCAAGGCAUCAUUGUGAAAGUUAAAUGCCUAGGUUGUGGAGGCACCGGGAACAUCAUGUGCUCAAAAUGUGGAGGGCGUGGUCAUGUUGAAAUUCACUAGGAAUGCAGGUUUCCUUCAACUUUUGGUCCGUGUAAUUGAUCCUGAAAUACCCUAUCUCCGUUUAUCAGUUAAUAGUAAAGAUGUUUAAAUGGAAAUUUCACAUAUUGAAAGUAUCUAAACUAAUCAUGCCCCUGUAUUUCUUUACCAAAAUGGCUCUAUCUUCAUGACUGGGGCAUAUAAAGCUACUGUUAUAACUUGUCA